AUGAUGAGUCGUGACGAUAAGGAGAGUAUAAUUUCAGGUGAUGAGAAUAUGUUCCGAGGAGGAAAAGAAUCUCAAAUGAGUACGGAUAACAACAAUAAAACCGAGAAGUGUCUACCACAUGUUUUGACGAUUUUUGUGGUCGGAAAUGAUGCAGAAGAGUUUAAUAUUGAGAGACGAACACUCUGGCAAGAUGUAUUACCAGAUUUUCAAAAUCUUGCAUUCCAAUCGAAUUUCGAUCUUGAAUUCUGCGAUGUUCCUCUGGAAAAUGGAGAAUUAAGCAACAGCACGGCAGAGCAUACAUUAAAACUGUGGAAGGAGAAUCCUCGGAGUUGGAUGGUGAUCCUGCUUGGCAACCGUUAUGGAAACGUGUCAGUACCAACAUCAUUACGAAAAGAAGAGUACGAAUCCAUUCGGUCGUCGAUAUUUGAAGAGAAUGGAAAUGUUCGUGUCUUUGAAAAGGCUUACACAAUAAAUCGAAACACUUCCAUCGAGGAAUAUCGUCUUGUUCCAUCAGCCAUCAAAGAUAAGAAACAACUGGCUGAAAUCAUAAAGGCGUUGCAGGCAGGAGCCAAAGCUGCUCACGAAGAAGGAGCAAUAAAUCAAGUCCACGAACAGCGACAGAAUCGUUUUUUCUCUUCACCACUCGAAUCAUUUGUCCGUUCGGUACUACAAGUUCAACCGUGUCGAUGCCUUUUUCUGCUUCGAAAAUUCGAUCAACUCGUUGCGGAUCCCAAUUCUCCAAACGCUUUUCUUGAGAUUGACGAACAAAAGAGCCGGAAAAUAGAGGAUCUUAAGUUCAAUGAGAAACUCAAGAACCAUCUCACUGAUCUUGAUCCUAAAAUAAAACCGGAACCACCGACAUCUCCGAUUGAAUUGGCUGCAAAUGACAUGAAACCUCAUAUUGAAUACCUGGAACAACAACUCUCAAUCGGAAAUUUGAAAAGAGACUACGAUAAAAGAUUGGAUGAACUGGCAGGAGUGAAAGUGAAUCGUGGAGUUUUUCUGAUUCAAGGAACGGAUCUCUGUGGGAAAACACAAGCAUUAUGCAGACUUUAUAAUAAGAUUUCAAGUAAAGAUGCAUACAAAAUAAUAUUUUUCACAAACUUGACUUAUUCAUCUAAUUUCGCCCAUGAAGCAUGGAGAACAAUAUGUUUGAAUAUCUGUUCGGUAGCCGAUAUUAAUGCAAAAGAAGUAUUGGAACAUUUCAAAUUGGGCGAGAUUCUGAAGUGUCUGGAAACAGUUGUUCAAGCAGCCGACAAGCCAGUUUGUAUAUUUAUUGAUGAUGUUCAUUUACUCAAAUUCGGACAUCUUUUGAGUCAAAUUGGGCGAAGAACUGAAACUGCUCCUGACAAUCUUUCGCUGUUCAUGACGUCAUCGAAUGUGUCUCCUGUAAAUGCAGUUUUUGCAGUAACUCAAACAGUGAAUGUGGAUGUGAUAUCUGAAAAUGAAGUGGUCGGAAUGGUUCAGAAGAUGGCUGAAAAAGUGGAUAAGAAGUUGACAAGUGAACAAGUAUCUGCAAUCCGCCCUCUGUUAGCAUCAAAAGAAGGAAUUCUGAUAGCGAAAAGUGUUGCUCAUGAGAUACUUUUGAAUGGAAAUAGUUCAAUGAAAGGAGGAAUUGAAGGAAGAUUAGCAAGAAUUGAGAAGGAAUUUGGAAAGGAAGCUGUUGGAAAUGUAGUCAAGUACAUUGCUGUAUCAUCUCAUGGGCUUACUCGUUUGGAGGUUCAUGAUGCAAUUUCAGCAGACAGAGAAUCAUUAGAAGAAAUGAAUAUGCCAAUUGUAUUCUCUCUUUUAACACUUGACAACAUCAUUGAAGCUCUCGGACCACUUCUCCGAAAACUUGUCAUUGAUGACCGAGUGAUUAUUGCUCCAUCACAUGCUAUCUUGAGUUUAUUUUUCAAGAAUCGAUAUCUGAUAAACAGCAUUGAAGUUCGAUCAACACACCUUCACUUAUCAGAUCUCUUUGCUGAUUUACUCGUAGAUAAUGAACAAUCUCCACGUCAUGAAAUUGCAUAUCAGACAUUCGCUCAGGGUAUAAAACGGGAUAACGGAACUCCAAACUUCCGAAGAUUACGGCUUCUUUGGUAUCAUUGUCUUCAUUCGGGUAAUCUCGAUCGACUGAAAGAACUCUCUUUGUGUCAUUUUGAAUAUGUCGAUUUCGUGACUCGUUAUUAUGGAAUUUCACAUUUAUUAUCUUUGUAUGAAGAGUGUGCAACUCAGAUUCUCCAUCAUGAUCUACAAGUAUUGUCCGAACAAGUACUGGUCCCUGCUCUCGUCACAAUGGCAAGAGAUAGUGAACAAUUGGCAGCAGAAGUAAUAGGACGAUUGAGGUUCACAAGAACAGAUAACAGUCAUUUUCUGAAUAGUCUCGUGGAUCAGGCAAUGUCUUGGGUUGAUUUAUACAAUCGACAGCCCCUUUUGGUCCCUCUGACUUGUUGGAUUUCUCCUCCUGCAACGAAAGUCUGUCGUAGUUUUACUCUGAAAGAUUGGAAACCGGGGAACACUGUUUUGACACUAUUUGCAAAUCACCAAUACAUUCUGAUAUCUGGAAAUCAAUCUGAUCCAGGAGUCAUCUAUGCGUAUCAUAUAGCAUCAGAGCAACUUGUUGGAACAUUCAAAGGCCAUACUGCAGCAGUUACAUGUCUUUGUUCGAGUAACGAUAGCUCAUUCUUCAUUAGUACGUCAGCUGACAAGACUGUCAAAGUAUGGGUGUUCUCGCAGUAUGUUCCUACAAUGUCAUUAACUCAUCAUACUGCCAAAGUGACCUGUGCAAUUCUCACAAGUGACGAUGAAUACAUGAUAACAGCUUCAGCAGAUUCAUCAGCCAAAAUGAUAAAAGUAGAAACAGGAGAUGUGAUCAGAUCAUUCAAUGAUCAUACUGGAUCUGUAGUUUCUCUUCAACUCACUUCGAAUAAUCAGUUCUUGAUUACGGGAUCUGGAGAUUUCGUAGUUCAAAUGUGGGAUGUUACGAACGGAAAAUGUAUAUCAAGAAUGGGUGGAUUGAUGGCUCCAGUCAGUACAUUGGCUAUUACAUCGAACGACGCUUUCGUCGUAGUCGCAUGUGAAGAUGAAACAUUGAAAGUAUUCAGUACUGUUGGAGGACAAGAACUGCAUGAACUGAUGGGACACGAGGGAAAAGUGAAUUCAUUGGUUUGUGCACAAGAUGAUUGUCAACUGUUUGCUGCCACAAAGUCGAAAAUAUUCUGUUAUGACAUUCACAAUGGACAAAUGAUUGAUGUGUUGGAUAUAGCUCAACCGUAUCCGAUAUGUAGUUUGAAGAUCUCAUCAGAUAACAACUUCCUUAUCUCUCCAUGUGGACCGAAAGUAACUAUUUGGAACGUAACAAAACGAAACCACGAUGCUCAUGAUGUUCAUGCUGAUAAAGAAGGAUUCCUUACCGCGGUUGCUCUUUCCAAUGACGAUAAAUAUGCUGCGUGUGGAACAAAUAACGGAAUUGUUGCACUUUGGGAUCUGGAAGUAUGUCAAUGUGUGUACACAACAGUUCAAAACAAAGGAGAUCCAAUCACUUGUAUUCGGUAUUCAAUUGAUAGUAAUUAUUGUAUUUCUGGAAAUCAAGCUGGAUGUAUUCUGAUUCUAGAUGCACAAAAUGGAGGAAUUGUCCGAGAACUUUUUAUGCACAGCAGUGAAGUCCUAUCGAUCAUGUCGUUGGUUCAGAAUAAGAUGAUCUCUUGUGACAUUCAAGGGAAAAUGGUGAUUUGGGAGUUAUUCGGUGAUGAUGAUACUCCUGAAAUGGUUGCCACUGGUGUCAAACCACCCAUUUUUGUGCCACCGACUGGAAGAAUUAUGAUUGGGCACUGCUCGCUGAGCAACAAAGAAAUGAAAAUCUGGGCGUUCCCUGACGAAGGACCUCCGGUAACUCGUGCAAAACUAUCACAUGGUGAUGAAAUAACUUGUUUUGCCACAUCACCAAAAGGAGGAAAUUUCAUUGCUACUGGAUCUCGUGACCAAUCAUUAAAAAUAUGGCAAAUUGACAGGGGAUUCCUAACUCAAGUUCUAGUUGGACAUGACAAUGUGGUCACUUGUUGUUGUAUAUCAUAUGAUGAGAAGGUAGUGGUUUCUGGAGCCAGAGAUCAGAAGAUAAUCGUAUGGAAUGUUCAAAGUGGAGAUAUGAUAUGUACAGUCAAUACAACUGCUGCAAUUACAUCUCUUUCAAUGACUGGAGACUCAACUGUUGUAUUCUCAACAACGGAGGAUGGUUGGGUUGAGACAUGGUCCACAACGGAAGGAAAGCUUCUUUCAACUUUCAAUGCACAUCGACCAAUCAAGAAACUCAUAAACUCGUAUGAAUCUCAUCGAAUGUUACUUCUACUCGAAAACUGUGCUCAACUUCCGAUUCUUUGUCUUCAUAACACUCCAGCCGUAGGAGUUGAAGCAACAAGAAGAAGGAGUGCAAGAGCUCAAUCAGUCUCAAGUGCAUCGAAUGAACCAGUCGCUUCAUCUGGAUCAGGAGAAAUCAAAAAGGAUCCAACAUCUUCAUCGAACAACGGAGGGAGUAGUCACCCUGCUCCGAGGGCAAAUGCUCCAAAACCCACUUUUGAUAUGCUUGAAAGAAGCAAAAUUAUGUGGGCCGACACAUUAUACUGGAUUAUUAUUGGUAUAAUUGAUGUUUUGGCUAUCAUUUUCAAUGCUCUUCUCAUUUAUUUGGCUCUUUAUCGUACUCCAAAAAUGGUCAGAAUUCUCUACCAGUUUGCAGAAUCGGAUCCUUCUGAAAUCAUUCAACUUCUCCAACCAUAUCAUCCACAAUACAAUUUCACUGGACUAACAGUUAGCGGAGUUUCAGAUAUCCGAAGUGUUUAUGCUCUCUAUAAAAUCCUUCAAAUGACUGUUAUGACUGUUCCCAUAUUUUCCACCAUUCUAUUUUUAAGAAACAAAAUAAUUAACCGGCUCUUAUACCGUGGAAUCAACAUUUCACUGAAUACGAAAAGUCUUCAUUCUCAGCUUCUAAUGGCACUAACAUAUCAGGCACUUCUACCAACUCUAUACUCUAUCAACGUCAUCAUGUAUGUACUAGAACAAUCCGGAAUAUAUGCAUCUCCAUUCUUCGAGAAUUUCAUAAUGUCUGGAUUAGUUUUGAUUCCAUUUUUCUCUCCAUUCACUUCUUUUUUCUUCUUUACUCCGUAUAGACGAAUCAUAUUGGGAAUGGUUAUCAAGAACCUCAACAAGAGACCAGUCGCUACUUCGGAAACUGGUCAUGGAUCGUUUCCAAUCUAG